CGCGGAGAUUCGCGCGCCACGUGCAUCCGUUGGUUGUUCGCGGUCCGUAUUCCUAUACGCAGUUCGUGAACAAGUUGUCGUCGGUGUUAUAAUUCGGAAGACCCAGCACAGAUUCGCGAGGAAGAGAGCAUCCAAACAUCCAGUCUUGUGAGUGUCUCGUUUGUGAUAAAACCUACUACAUUCAGUAAUUUUGGUCCUUCAGUGAAGGUAUAGGAGAAAACAGGAAAACAGCUUUGUGUAGUCACAGGUGCUGAAAAAUAGUGUUUGCGAAGGUGCAGUUGCCUGCAAAUAGGCACAAAACAGUGAAUGAAGAUGUCCUGAAAAUGUGGAUUAACGGACGUGAGUUUGGAAUCGAAAACGUAGCCGCGGAGUGACGAAGAAACAAAGGCGAAAAAACAGGGGCGACGUUCAGUCUGCCCUGUUGGGAAAUCGAAUUAUCAGGGGGAGGAAUACCAUCCUAGCAGUCAAUACGGAUCGGCUGUAGCAGCUAGGACUGGCAGGCAGUCUGCCAGAAUUGGGAUAGGCUUGCAGCUCAACCACAAGGAACACAGGGAAAACAGCCAACGGUGCAGCAAAACAAAACAUGGCUGCCGAACGGGAUUACAUCGGUUUCGCGACCCUAGCCGAUCAGGUGCACCGCAAAUCGGUCAAGCGGGGUUUCGAGUUCACGCUGAUGGUGUGCGGCGAAAGUGGUCUCGGCAAGUCGACGCUAAUCAACAGUCUCUUCCUGACGGACCUGUACCAAAGCCGGACGGUGUCGCCGGUCGAGGAGCGCUCGGAGAAGACGACCAAAAUCGACAAGAAAACGCUCGACAUCGAGGAGAAGGGCGUCAAGCUACGGUUGACCAUUGUGGAUACGCCCGGUUUCGGUGAUUCCAUCAACUGCGAAGACAGUUGGCGGGUGUGUACGCAGUACAUCGACGAACAGUUCCGGCAGUUUUUCACCGACGAAAGCGGGCUCAACCGGCGGAACAUUCAGGAUAAUCGUGUUCAUUGUUUGCUCUACUUCGUGCCACCUUGGGGACAUGGUCUCCGACAGAUGGACAUCGAUUUGAUGCGGCGGAUGCACAAAAAGGUUAACAUCGUGAUAGUUAUAGGUAAGGCGGAUACGUUAACGACAACCGAAGUGCAAAGGCUGAAGACCCGCGUCCUCGAAGACAUCGAAACCAAUGGGUUGCAGAUCUACCAGUUUCCGGACUGCGACUCGGACGAGGACGAGGAGUUCAAACAACAGGACCGUGAACUGAAGGCCAGUAUUCCAUUCGCCGUGGUGGGGAGUAAUAUAGUGCUGGAGGUGGCCGGCAAGAAGAUUCGGGGACGACAGUAUCCAUGGGGAGUUGUGGAUGCGGAAAAUCCACAGCACAGUGACCUCAUCAAGCUGCGGACAAUGCUCAUUUCGACGCAUAUGCAGGACCUGAAGGACACAACCCGCGAUGUACAUUAUGAGAACUUCCGUGCCCAGUGCAUUUCACAGAUCUCGCAGCACGCACUGCGAGAGCGUAACAAACUGAAACGGGAAUCAAUUGCUUCCAGUCAUGAAUCUGCUAGCCUGAACGACACCGAUCGGUUACUGCAACAGAAGGAAGAGGAAAUCCGACGAAUGCAGGAUAUGCUAGCACAGAUGCAGGAAAAGUUGAAAUCAACUCAAAUAAGCGACACCGUAAUCGACGUCUAGAUGAUGUUUCGCCAUCGUAUCCCUUUUUGAUAAACACGCGCAACUUUUAGGUGGCAUUUUCCGUUGUAGAUUAAGGUCUGUUCCAUCUGAAUAACGCUCACGUACAACAUUCAGAAAUUUGGGAAAGCUAAUGGCUUGGAAGAAAGCAUUGUUUCUGGUAGAGAUUUAGAAAAAUUGAGGAUUUAAUCAUUUUAUUUGGCAGUUGAUCCGCCAUUACGAAUGAUAAUUUGACAAAUUCCAAAAUUUUGUAUUAUGAAAUAUGACAUUUUGUAAGGAGCGAAUUAUUAUCACUGUUUGUAAAGGUUUAUGGUAUGGAAUUCAUUAAACAACUAUACCAAUAAAAUCCUAUAACGAAAAAUUCGGUGAUUCGUUGCUAAUUUUGUUAACCGCAUACAAGCUUCAUCUCAUCUCAUCAACAUAAUCGAAUUCAUACUAUCACAUCACAAAAUCAAAGCAUAACACUUAAUCGAUGUCUAAUUGUAAUUGUAGCAAAAAUGUACUCAAUUUCCUAACAAUAAAUAGGACUCUAUAUAGACCUAACUAUGAACACUAGUAAUAGUUAUCGAGCAUGACCAAAGAACACAAUCAGCCACAAACAAUAGACCACAGUUAACUCUCAAAACUCGGAAACCACCAAAACAGAGAACAAAAAAUCGUGCAAUAAGAUAUAAUGUAGGAAGCGGACAGAGUGACAUUGCGCCAGUCGCGAGAGUUGGCGAUUAUCCGGAGAAAGAAGAAAUCGUGCAAAUUGUUUCAAACAAUCGGUUUAAAUUGUUACUUUUUGAAGCUACGCCCUUAGGUGUAGGAAGUGGAGGAAAAAAAACAGUACCAGCACUGGAAUCCUAAGAAGCUAUAUUUAUACUUGUUUGCUCUUACAAAUGUUUAUUUCUACAAACUACAAUCUAGGUUUAAUUCAUCAGAAGAAUAUUUAUUUUCCACAAGUGGGUGUACCACACGAAUCAGUUCACGUUAGCUGCGUGCAGACUACGCAGUUACGACAUACAAUUUGAAAUAUCGACAAAAGAAAAUGUUAGCAAAAUAGCACGAAAACGUGUUACGUAGUCUGAACAUAGUAUUAUGAUCUAUUUAUUUAAUCCUGUUUCCAUCGCAGAAACGAGAACUCGUGAAACUCAUUAACCAAUGUUAGUAGUAGUAUUCGAUACUUUCCGCAAGAACAUGUACGUAGGCUCAUCUAACGGACAUAGCGAAGCCAGUUUAAAAAUGACAAAUUACAGUGCAACCACCUUACUAGUUUUGCUAGAAUGUCUAUAGAUAUUCCAAUAAAGUUUAAUUUUAAAACAUUGAA